CGUUCCACAAGGCUGGCAGGCAGAGCGAGGCCGUGAGGGUGCUGGAGCAGCUGACACACAACGCCGUGCUCGAAAGCCGGUUUAACGACGCAGCCUAUUAUUAUUGGAUGCUUUCCAUGCAGUGUUUAGAUAUAGCCCACGAGAAUGAACAACAGAAGACUGAAAUGCUACAGAAGUUUCAUCACUUCCAGCAUUUGGCAGAAGUUUACCACGUCUAUCACUUUAUUCAAAGAUAUACCGAGGAGCCUUUCAGUUUCCACUUGCCUGAAACCCUCUUCAAUAUUUCCAGGUUUCUGCUUCACAGCUUAACAAAGGAAACUCCUCUGGGGAUCUCGAAAGUCAACACAUUAUUUGCCCUGGCAAAACAGAGUAGAGCUCUGGGUGCAUAUAAACUGGCUCGUCAUGCCUAUGACAAGCUCCAGGGGCUGCAGAUCCCAGCCAGGUUCCAGAAGUCGAUUGAGCUGGGCAGCCUGACGAUCCGAUCGAAGCCGUUCCACGACAGCGAGGAGCUUGUGCCCUUGUGUUAUAGGUGCUCCACCAACAACCCUUUGCUAAAUAACCUGGGGAACGUCUGCAUUAACUGCAGACAGCCUUUCGUCUUCUCCGCCUCCUCCUACGAAGUGCUGCAUCUGGUUGAGUUCUAUUUGGAAGAUGGCAUCACAGAUGAAGAAGCUGUAGCUCUCAUUGAUCUUGAAGCUCCAAGGUUGAGUAAAAGAGAGAAUAAAUGGCAAGAGAUGAUGAGUGACCAUGCACAGAGUUUGAGGCUUGAUGACAAUACAGAUAUUAUUGAUGAUGAUGAUCCCUUUACAGCAAAACUGAGCUUUGAGCAAGGAGGCUCAGAAUUUGUUCCAGUGGUUGUGAAUCGUGCAGUUCUCCAGUCAAUGAGCCGGAGGGACGUCCUGAUUAAGCGCUGGCCAAAGCCAUUGCGGUGGCAGUACUACCGUUCCCUGCUACCAGAUGCCUCCAUCACCAUGUGUCCAUCAUGUUUUCAGAUGUUUCACACAGAAGACUAUGAGCUUCUCGUACUCCAGCACAACUGUUGUCCAUUCUGUCGAAGGAGAAUAGAUGAGUCAAACCAAUGAAGAAGAACAAUCUAAUCCUUCAAAUGACAGGCUUCCCU